AUGUCGGCCGAGUGGGGAGGGACCGCAGCCGGCCCGGAGCCCGAUUCCCCGGGAAGUUCGGUCAGCGCCCGGUCCCCGUUCUCCACACUUUCCUCCCUGCCGGUCGCCGGCGCUGUCUGGAGCGGCGGGGGACGGCCCCGAGACGAGGCGGCAGCGGCGCCCGGCGGGGCCGACCAGGGGCGGGUGGGGAGGGAAGAGGAGCCCGAGACGGCCCCUCAGCCCUGCGCAGCGGCUCCGACCGUGGCCCCGGCUCGGGGCUUUGCCCGCUCCGCAGCCGCCCCCGCCCACCCCAGAGACUCUGCCCGCGGGGCGGGGCUCUUCGCCCUCAGAGCCUGGGAGAGGGAGACUCAGUCUGGAAAAAAGGAGGCUCAAGGGGGACCUUCUUGCUCUGCAGGACUCCCUGACAGGAGGGUGCAAGCAAGGUCUGGCACGUCGGUUUAUCCUGUGACUUCCAGAGAAGCUCCUGAAUUCCUGAGGAAGAAAAACUGUGUCAAGUGCCACAAAGAGAAUGGACUGACCCCCAAGAGAGAUCAGCUGAGUUUUGAUGGGGGAGCAAAAGAGACUCCUCCGAACAUCCAAGAGCACAACAUCCAAGAUACUGUGGCCAGGUUUAUAAAGAAAGUUGAAGUGCUGGUUGGGGAGGUCCUGGGUUUCACACAGGCAACACAUAUUGAAUUUAAGGAAUGCAGUACAAAGAGUAGCCUGUAAUACAUCAGAAAAAACUUUCCUAAAUAUGUCUCUGCCUUUGCAAACACUGAGGGUGGAUAUUUAUUUUUUGGUGUGGAUGACAACUGUAAAGUCACUGGGACCCACAGUAAUGUGGAGAAAGUAGCUUUAGAACAAACAGUAGCUGAUGCCAUCAGCUCAAUGUGUGCCCAUCACUUCUGUGGCUCUGGGGCUGGCAUGCAGAUCCAGGUGCACAUCCUGGGUGUUUAUGACCAAGCAGGCUAUUCACAGGGUUAUGCCUGUGCCAUGCACAUUGAGUCAUCUGGCUGCACUGUGCUCGAUGGUGACCCUGAAUUCUGGAUGGUGCUGGGCACUAUCAGGGAGGAGAGUGUGGGGAGCUGGGCACUGACUAAAAGACUGAGCAGCCGGAAAUGGAUGGAGUUCAUGACAGCUGCAGACCCAGAUAAAUAAAACCCGCAUUUAUGUUAGCAUCAACUUAAUUUCUGUGUUCUGCUGCAAACAUUCAGGAGGAAAGAUCAACUUCUUUUCAGGGUGUUCUCACCACACCUAGAAAGGGCCAUUUGACCCAUGCCCAGCCACAGGCACUGGGAUGAUGGUGCAGUUAGUGGCCUGCAGCAGCACCUCUAUCCCUGAACUCAUUCAGCAGGACUUCUUGAAGCACUCCCAAUUGUAGAAUCACGGAGUGGUUUGGGUUGGAACACAACAGCCCACAAGACACUGGGUUGCCAGGCUUUCCUUCAUAUGGAAAAGGGUCAUCAAUUUGUGGUCAGGCGCUGUAAUCCAAAAAUGGGAUUCUGCCUCCUAAACUUGUGAAUAUCAGAGGAUUCCUUCCAGAUGAAAUCUGCCAGGCUUUGGCUGGCCUUGGACUUCUGGGGACUGUGUCUCAACUGUCCCUGAGACAGCGGGUUGCGAGGCUUUCCUUCCUCUGGAAAAGAGCUAACAUUCACAGUCACACUCUUGGGGCUAAAAGUGGGAUUCUGCCUCCUAAAAUUGUGAACAUUGGAGGAUUGUUACAAGAUGAAAGCUGCCACAAGUUAUGGCUCUGGCUGGCUUUGGGCUCCUGGGAGCUGCCUCUGAACUGCUCCUGAGAUACUGAGUUGCUGGGUUAGGUGCAGUUGUAAGGGGUAAUGGUUAGGGUAGUUAAAAAUGGUAAAUUUUCUUAUGUUUUAUACAUACAUAUAUAUAUAUAUAUAUAUAUAUAUAUAUAUGUAAAUAAUUUUUAUAAACAUUGAUUUCCAAAUGCAACCCUUUAUCUACUGUUUUAUAUGCAGGAUCUUAAGAGUAUAAGAAAUUGUAAAUACGCAUAUUAUCUUAAUACACAGCGUUUGAAAAUACAAAUGUACCUUUUGUAUAUAUAAUUUAAACAAGAAAGGGCUUGAAAAUGGGAGAAAAUAUGAUCUCUAUGAAGGCAAUAAAAAUAGCUCUGUCU